GAGUAUAGAAUGAGGCCAAUCAAGAGCAAUGUUGGCGCGGUGGUCUUCUUGUGGUUGGCUGUCACAAUAGCCCCGGAUCUAGUAGAACCGGCUAAAAUUCUUAGCGUAUUUCCCACCACGUCCAAAUCGCACUGGAUACUCGGUUCGUCCCUUAUGAAGGAGUUGGCACAGGAUGGACACGAGGUAACAGUGAUAAGUCCGUUCCCCUUGAAGAAAGCACCCAAGAACUACCGCGAUGUAAAUAUCGUCUACCACACUCGACUGUUUGACGAAAUCAUGGACGAAGUGUUUGAUAAAAUCGAUGACAGCAUUGUGGAAAAAAUGAUGGAACUGGGAAGGUUUAUGCAUGAAAUCACCAACACUACCCUCGCAUCACCAGAAGUUCAAGCUCUGAUCAAUUCGGAAGAAACGUUCGAUCUUGUCGUGAUGGAAAUUUUUCUCAACGAUGCCUUUCUUGGCUUUGGCAAUCGCUUCAACUGUCCGAUAGUUGGAAUGUCAACCUUUGGCGCGUCAACGUGGGUAAAUUCGCUCACCGGUUCACCACAGCCGCUAUCGUACGUACCGCAUCCAAUGACGAGCUUAACUGAUAAGAUGAACUUCUGGCAACGGCUCGGUAACGUACUGUUCACAGCGUUUGAUGAAACGCUGCUCAAGGUCAUGUGUGAUCCAAUACAGCAGAUGUAUUACAAACAAUACUUCCCCAACGCCACACGGACACUGGACGAAAUGCGGCGAAACGGUGUCUCGCUGGUGUUGGUCAAUAGUCACUUCAGCUUGAGCUUCCCGCGCCCAUAUCUGCCCAACCUGAUCGAGGUUGGAGGAUUCCAUGUCAACCGAAAAACAAAUCCACUUCCUGAGGACAUAAAAGCAUUCAUCGAGCAGUCCGAACACGGUGUGAUAUACUUCUCGUUGGGAUCUAACCUUAAACCGUCCAAAAUGGAUCAGCGCAAGCGUAACGAUAUCGUCCGAGUACUAUCGAGCCUUAAACAGAACAUUAUCUGGAAGUGGGACGACGAUACGCUCGUUCUGGAUAAGACGAAAUUCUUGCUCGGAAAGUGGUUCCCGCAGGACGAUAUUUUGGCUCAUCCGAACGUGAAGCUGUUCAUCACACACGGUGGUUUGCUGAGCUGUACGGAAUCAAUCUACCACGGCGUUCCGAUCGUGGGCAUUCCGAUCUUUGGUGAUCAACUGUUGAACAUGGCACGUGCAGAACAGUCUGGUUGGGGCAUUGGUGUGGCCUACACGAAACUGAACGAGCAAACGUUCAGUAAGGCAAUUAACGAUGUUCUCAGUGAUAAGAGUUAUGCCACAAACGUGAAAACCAUCUCCCGAAGACUUAGAGAUCAACCUCUCGCUCCUAUGGAUACGGCCAAGUUCUGGGUGGAGUAUGUUCUACGGCACGAUGGCGCGAAACAUCUUAUAUCUUCGGCGCAAGAUCUUAACUUCAUGCAGUACAACAAUUUGGACGUGUACCUGUUUGUGUGUGCAGUGGUUGCAACGACACUAAUGCUGAUUAGGUUAAGCGUUAAAAAGCUUUUCAAUAUGCUAUUUCGUAGAAAGGCAAAGCAAAUAAGCACCAAAAAGAGAAAUUAG